AUGGAGGACACAUGGGAACUUCAACUGACCACUACUCUUUACAUGACCUCUGACCUUAUAUUCUCCACAAACCUCACCAACCUGACCAACUGCACCAACACCAACUCCAGCUGCACCGUCUCUAGCGUCAAGCUUUCCCCUUACUACCAACACUCUCUGGCCAUAGCAGCCAGCUUCACCCUGGCCUACCUGUUCAUCUUCCUGCUGUGCAUGGUGGGUAAUUGCCUGGUGUGCCUCAUUGUGGUUAAGAACCGUCACAUGCGGACGGUCACCAACCUCUUCAUCCUCAACCUGGCUAUCAGUGACCUGCUGGUGGGCAUCUUCUGCAUCCCAACCACGCUGGUGGACAACCUCAUCACAGGCUGGCCCUUUAGCAAUGCAGUGUGUAAGCUAAGUGGCCUGGUACAGGGGAUAUCAGUGGCUGCAUCUGUCUUCACCUUGGUUGCCAUCGCUGUGGACAGAUUCCGCUGUAUUGUUUACCCCUUUAAGCCCAAGCUAACCUUUCUUGUUGCUAAGGCAACUACAGGGCUGGUGUGGGCUCUUGCAUUGGUGAUCAUGCUUCCGUCGGCUGUGAUGCUGACGGUGGAUCAAGAGGAGGGUCACUUCAUGGUAUCCAGUGAUAACAAAAUCUACCCUCUCUACUACUGCUAUGAGACUUGGCCUGACCCUGAGAUGAGGAAAGUUUACACCAUGGUCCUGUUCACACACAUCUACCUGAUUCCCUUGGCUCUCAUCAUGAUCAUGUAUGGCUGGAUCGGAGCCAAGCUCUCCGCUACAGCUGUUCUGUCCAGCAGGGGGCACCCAGACAUCAAGUCCCCUAUCUCCCAGAGGAAGGUCAAGGUGGUUAAGAUGCUCAUUGUGGUGGCUCUCCUCUUCAUGCUGUCCUGGCUGCCACUCUGGACCUUGAUGCUCCUCACAGACUACGCCAGACCUGAAGGGGACCAGCUGGACCUUCUGACAGGCUACAUCUUCCCCUUCUCCCACUGGCUGGCCUUCUCCAACUCCAGCAUCAACCCCAUCAUCUAUGGCUACUUCAAUGAGAACUUUAAGAAGGGCUUCCAGGCUGCCUGUUGUCCUGGAUCCUGUUGCAGCGUAGUCCCUCAGGAGGAGGCAGUGAGCAAGGCUCAGCAGGGGUGCAAGGCCAGAGUGCCCCGGGACACAGCCCUCAGCGCCAAUCCUCUCACCACCCGGGGGGUGAGGAACUGCAUCCACACCGACAGCGACCUGACGGGCUGCGUGUGUCUAGAGAUGGAGCAGAGGAAGGAGGAGGGCUCGGCAGAGACAGGAGGCUUGCGGGGCUCGGGGGUAGAGGGAAGUAACAGUAACAGUGGAGUGUCAAUAAAAAGGGGUCUUCAUGCGGAGGAUGUCGAUGGACUCUCUCCAAUGGGGGUUGCUGUGUGUCAGGCGUGGGAGCAUUGA